AUGUGUAAAUGUUCUUUUGAUGCAAUUAUCUACUGUAGCAGAGCUGGACUAAGAAGCCUCCCAAGAGACAUCAUAGCUUCUACCAUCUCACUGAACCUGUCCAAUAACUUUUUGCGUAUCUUGGCUGCCGAUGACUUCAGCAACUUGACCUUCCUCAAUAGCCUCUGGCUGGAUCACAACAACCUGACAUUCUUGUACCCAGGUGCAUUUAAGUCCCUCUACAACCUGAGGGUACUCUAUCUCAGCAGGAAUUCCAGGCUGACCUACCUUCAUGCCAAUACCUUCCAAGGUCUAGGCAACCUCAUCACCUUGGACUUAUCCCACUGCAACCUCUUUGAGAUCCACCCAGUCGUGUUUUCCCACUUGCCUUCUCUGGAAGUGCUUGAUCUGACUGCCAACAACAUGCGCUACAUCCCACAAGCUUUCCAAAGCCUGACCAGUCUCACAAGAUUAUCUCUGGAAAGGAAUCACAUCGAAGCUGUUGGCAGAGACUCCUUGAAGGUCAUGAGAGCUCUGAAGGACUUGAACCUUCGCAAGAAUCGCAUCUGGGCCAUCCAUCAAGAUGCCUUUCUCCAACUAGACAGGCUCAGAGUGUUAAAUUUAGGACACAAUUGUCUUUCUGAUUUACCUAACCGGCUUUUCAGUGGAUUAGCCCAGCUCAAGACCAUGCACCUUGAGGCAAACAGAUUCACUAGGAUCAACUGUUCCUUUUACGGCCUGCGCAGCCUGAAGAAGCUGUACCUGAACAACAAUCGCAUCGCAUUCAUCGCAGCCACUGCUUUCUCUCAUUUGAAAGAACUGAGCUUUCUUCACUUAAAUAGGAACAACCUGAGCUACUUCUCCAGCCGCCUGUUCACAGAACUGCCCAAGCUGAGAUAUGUGUUCUUGUCCCACAACCCCUGGCAGUGUGAUUGUGGCAUGUUGUGGUUUGCCGUUUGGAUACUGACCUAUCAAGGGGUGAUUGAAGGCUUACACUGCGCUUUUCCUGCAGUUCACAACACAUCACUGCUUGGCCGUCUUGCACAAGAUGCCUUAGCCAGCUGUUCACCUCCAUUGGGGUUGAUAGAGGAGGAUGCCUGCGAUGGACCCCACACAACUGGAGCUUCUCCUUCACCUGCUGCUCCUGAGAAAUUGCUUGUCUUCCUGCUCUCCUUGCAGCUUUGGCUCUCGGCUGCUUGGUCCUUACGUGAACGACCCGAUGUGGCUACUCGUUAA